CUUUCAUCCUAACCAACCCAUUUAAAAUCCUCCAAAUUUAUUAACUACUCUGCACUCAGUUUCUUUGCUACCCAAUCCCCAACUCAGAAACUCUUCCAGCGCACGGAGAAAAAAGAAAUCCAGGACGAAAUAAAACAGACCCAAGCGCGCGCGCGAGAGAGAGAGAGAGAGAGAGAGAGAGCGAGCCCUGAAGCUUCUUUCCAAACUAUAAUACGAGACCGUACAUACCCCUCUAUUCUUCACUUUAGACACAAUCAAUCAAGCUCCGAUCCCAUUGGGUUGGUCAACGACCUGUUGUUGCGGCGAUUGGAAUAUCCGGAUCCGGCGUCAUUUGCACCCAUCGGGCCUCUGUGGCCGCGGAUCUAGAACACCUCACCGACACUACCGGUACGGAUCGGAAGGAAAGCAAGUGGUGGUGGUGAGAAUCAACCGUGGAGAUGGCGCCGACUACGAUUCGGAAAGCGAUUGGGGCGGUGAAGGACCAGACGAGUAUUGGAAUCGCCAAGGUGGCUAGCAACAUGGCGCCGCAGCUGGAGGUGGCGAUUGUCAAGGCGACGAGUCACGACGAUGACCCGGCCGGCGAGAAGUACAUACGGGAGAUCUUGAAUCUCACAUCUUACUCUCGGGGUAACGUUCAUGCCUGUGUUACGGCGAUUUCGAAACGUUUGGGGAAGACGCGAGACUGGAUUGUGGCGCUUAAGGCCUUGAUGCUGAUCCACCGUUUGCUUAAUGAGGGGGACCCUUUGUUUCAGGAAGAGAUCUUGUUCGCUACCAGAAGAGGAACCAGGCUUCUAAAUUUGUCCGAUUUCAGGGACGAGGCCCAUUCCAGCUCUUGGGAUCACUCCGCUUUCGUCAGGACUUACGCCAUGUAUCUUGACCAACGCCUCGAAUUGACGCUAUCUGAGAAGAAAAGUGGAGGGGGAGGGGGAGGGGGCGCUGGUCGCGGAGGCGGUAGUGGUGGUGGUGAUGAUCGAUUCGAUCGAUUUGGGUCGAGAGAUAGUAACGCCAAUUUCAGGUCGCCGCCGCCGAGACCGUACGAUUACGAUUAUGGGGAUUCCAGGGGUGAAGGUGGUCCGUCUGGGAACUACGGAAUGAGGCGGUCGAGGUCGUUUGGGGACAUGAGCGAAUCGGCAGGACGAGAAGGGAGAGAGAGAGAGGAGAAAAGGGCUUUGACUCCAUUGAGGGAGAUGAAGCCUGAGAAGAUUUUUGCUAAGAUGAGUCAUAUGCUGAGGCUUUUUGAUCGUUUUUUGGCUUGUCGACCCACGGGGCUGGCCAAGCUCAAUAGGAUGAUUUUGAUCGCAUUGUACUCUGUUGUUAAGGAGAGCUUUCAGCUUUACGCGGACGUUUGUGAGGUUUUGGCUGUUUUACUUGAUAAAUUCUUUGACAUGGAGUACCCAGAUUGUGUCAAGACCUUUGAUGCUUAUGCAAGUGCGGCAAAGCAGAUUGACGAGCUCGUUGGGUUUUAUAGUUGGUGCAAGGAAACUGGGGUUGCGAGGUCAUCGGAGUAUCCAGAAGUUCAGAAGAUUACUGGUAAGUUAUUGGAGACAUUGGAGGAGUUCGUGAGGGACAGAUCAAAGAGACCAAAGAGUCCCGAGAAGAGAGAGGAGCUUCCUGCUCCUCCAGUUCAAGAGGAGGAACAGGUGCCUGAUAUGAACGAGAUAAAGGCACUGCCUGCUCCGGAAAGUUACACUCCUCCGCCCCCACCUGAGCCAGAGCCUAAGCCUCAACACCAAGAAGUUAUCCACGACUUGGUGGAUUUGAGAGAAGACUCAGUCACAACCGACGAUCAGGGGAACAAAUUUGCUCUGGCAUUGUUUGCUGGUCCAGGUGCUAACAAGGCGAAUGGGUCGUGGGAACCGUUCUCAUCAAAUGGACAGCCGGAGGUGACGUCUGCCUGGCAGACUCCUGCUGCGGAUCCCACCAAGGCAGAUUGGGAACUCGCCUUGGUAGAGUCAGCAAGCAACUUGUCGUUGCAAAAACAAGAUCUCGGUGGUGGGCUUGAUCCCUUGUUGUUGAAUGGCAUGUACGAUCAGGGCGUGAUCAGACAACACGUGAGCACAGCCCAUAUGAGUGGAGGAAGCGCCAGCAGCGUGGCUAUGCCGGGGCCAGGAAAUACCAAGACCCCCGUGUUGGCUCUUCCAGCUCCAGAUGGGAGUGGCACAGUUCAGGAAGUCAAUCAGGACCCUUUUGCUGCCUCAUUAACAAUUCCACCACCUUCGUAUGUGCAGAUGUCCGACAUGGAGAAAAAACAAACCUUGUUAGUGCAGGAACAACAAGUAUGGCAUCAGUACGCCAGUGAAGGAAUGCAGGGUCAAACCAGUUUGGCCAAGAUUAGUGGCAAUGGUUACAUGGCUCCAAAUCCGUAUCCAGUGAUGCAAUAUGGGAUGCCUCAGGUCAACGGGAUGGGGCCGCCGGCCGGGUAUUACUAUACUCCUUAUUGAUCAAUUUUCUUAAUCUUAUUAUAAGUGACGUUUCUUUCUUCAUCCUGUAUGUUGCUUUUCUAGAUUUUUCGUCCCUUAUGUCUAAAACUCUGAAUGGUAAGUAAUUAAGAACUUGUUCGUUCCCACAAAGAAUUUGUGCACGGAAAAUUUGGAAUGGUUUGUGGGGGAGGGGGAGCUGAGAUGAAGAUACAGAGUAGGGGAGGAUUUUUGAUGUUGGGAGAUACGUAAUUGAAUUCUGAUGUCUCUGUAUUGUGUAAUAUUUUAGACUGUUCUACAUAUUUGUUCGUUUUUUUUUU